AUGGAACUGGAAUUAACCAGAGUGGAUUAUCUGGAUGCUGGAGUCAUCAUUCCCAAUUGCGUGAAGCUUCUUCCGGGAGAAGUGGCCAGAUGUCAGCAAAAGGUUAGCCUGAAUUCUCCUAGACGACACAGACAAGUCCAAAGAUAUCCUUUGCAGCUCAUCAUCGCCGAUCAGGAAGGUGUGAUUCAGCUCAUCUCGUCCAAGAAGGACGAGAUCCAGGUGCACUUCAAGACUCUGCCGGGCCCCAAAGUGGCCUCGGUGCAGCUGGGAGGCGCUGCAGGCACGCCGGCGGACAAGAUGUUCGUGGCGAUGGAGAAUAAAGUGCAUGGCUUCAGCAAGAAGGGCAAAAUGUUCCUCUCCUUCGACACGAAUCUCACGGAGAACAUCAAAUCCAUGUUCGUGAGCGGACCUGAUCUUCUUGUGUGCGGCAAUCACGUCUACAAUCACUACAAGGACUGCAAGGAUGUCGGAACUUAUCUCUGUGGCGACACUAUCGUGGACGUCGUGGCGCUUUGUCCCAACAACAGUAAUCGUAUUAUCACCAUUCUCGCCUGCUCAGGAAGAGUGCUGAGAAUCCUUGAGCAUUGCCGCGUGAGACAAACCAUCGAACUCAACAGCGUGCCAACGAUAAUGCACAUCCCGAAGGGAUUGGGAGACAAAGUGAUCUGUGGAUUUUCCGAUGGAAAGGUCAUCCUGUAUAAAAUUGGUCAUUUCUCCCUCGAAGUGACUGAAGAAGUUCUUGUGGAAGAUUCUGAACAUGCCAGCGCGAUUUCUUGCCUCAACACUUUCGAUUUGACUGGAGAUGGAAAGGAGGAGCUCAUUCUGGGCCGAAGAGAUGGAGUACUUCAGAUUUUUUCCAUGAAGUCAGACGAUAACGAGAUAGAUUUGGAAUCUCACCAGCUCUUCAUUGAGAACUACAAUGAGAGCAUCUCGAGUGUCCAAGGAGGAUAUUUCGCAGCCAAUGGAUACGCUGAGGUUGUUGUUUGCACGUACACAGGACGAAUCUUUGGCCUGACCACUCAAUGCGUGGCCAGAAGUAUCAGUGAUAAUCAAAAUGCCGGGACAAUGAACUUUCCCAACGACACAAAUCUCCGGAUUGCAAAGCUGAGAUCGGAGAUCGCUGAACUCGAGUCAAAAGUGUCCCGCGAGCGAGAAAAGUACCAGCAAUCCACGCAGGCCAUGUCUUCAGGCCUCUCGGCCAUUCCAAUGCUCAACGUCAACGACUCUAUGGUUCUGUGCCGCGAGGACGCCUCGUACGAUCUCUCAAUAGAGAUUCCUGCGUCCAUUGAAUACAUUCUGCUGCAGAGCGACGUGCCCCUCGAGUUGCUGGAUGUUGAAAAGAACACCGCAGUCGUCAGCUUCAGUGAAUGCAACCCAUUGAGUGGAAACUGCUUAUUGGCCACUUACCGAUGUCAGCUCAACACAAAUCGCGUGGAUUUGAAGAUUCGCACCAUUGAGGGUCAGCACGGCACUCUGCAGGCCUACAUAACACCUGCGCUGCAACCGAAAUGCAGUCAAUUGCGAGAGUACGCGAUUAAGCCCUUGUCGUUGCACAUCCGGACUCACAAGAUCGACGAGACGCGCCCCUACAGCAGCCUCACUCUGCGGGGCGCUUUCAGUUUGUCAGAGAUGCACAGCUGGAUCAGCCACUGCGUGCCGGAGAUUCCCGAGAAGCUCUCCUCCGGCGAUUCAUGUGAGCUCGUCUUCGAGAACGUCCUGAUAGGAUCAGUGUUGCGGUGCGAGUACAAGAAGGGCGAAGCUGAGUUCAAGAGCGACAACAUCUCCACAAUCUCCAUCAUCAAGGACGUCCUCACGCGAGAGAUCACGAAGAAGAGGAUCAAGCUUGAGAUCUCCACAGACAUGAAUCCCAACUGCAUCAGUCACAUCUUAGGACUCGUGGAGCCCAUCUUGGUGCGACACAUGAAGAUGUCUCGGGACUACAAACUCCUGCAGGCCCUCCUGGAGUUGGACAUCCGUGGUGACGAGGACUUGGCCGUUCUCUGCAAGGAGUGGCAAGAGAUCUACAAAAAUCAGAAGGAAAUCACCCUCAAUGUGGGAAAAGAUCGCGUCUUGGUGGGUCGCUUUCAUGGCUUUCUCACUGAUCUCUUCAUUGAUUGGAAUAAAUUCCGCGGCACCAAUGUCAAGUCGAAACUUCAGCAGUUUCUCCACCUUCUGGAGAACUACAAUCACGAUACUGUGUUGCUGUUCUUCGGCGUCAAGAGUGAUUCAGUGUGAAUAAAGUGUCUUCUCGAAGAC